AUGUCUAAUGCCCCGCCUCCGGCUUAUGUCGCACCGCCGUCAAAGGGUGGUCAAUCGUCGUCCUCGGCUCAUGGUGGGAAUGCCUACGGUGGGAACCCCUAUGGUGGCCCGCCUCCUCCGCAGCAGCACCAGGCGGCUUAUGGUGGCGGCUAUCCUAGCAGCAGUGCACCAGGUGCUUCAUCGGCACCUCCGCCGCCGGCGUAUGCAUCUCCGCCGCCAGCUGGAGGGGCGUAUGCCGCUCCGCCGCCAGCUGGGGGGGCAUAUGGCGCUCCGCCGACCGCACAGCCUGUCCAGGCCUCGUACGCGUCGUACCCUGCAGGUGGAGCUGCUGGACGGUACGCAGCAUCGGGCGCGACGGUGCCCUGGAGCUCGGAUCUUUGCUCGUGUGCAGAGGACAUGGAGUCUUGCUGCAUGGUCCUCUUCUGCUCGACAUGCAUGAUCCGGGUCAAUGCGGCCCGCUUUGAGGACCGCGAGAUCUCGUUCAUCGACAUCCUCGCCGGCAUCUUUAUGUGCGGCCUUAACAUGUUCUACGGCGUCGGCCUGCCGGUCACUUGGUACUGCGUCUGCCAGAACCGCCAGCAUAUCAAGGCCGGAUACGGCAUCGGCAACCACACCACCACCAUGGAGGGCGAGGACUACUGUCAAUCAUGCUGCUGCACCGUCUGCACCAUCUGCCAGCACUCGCGCGAAAUCUCCGCCCACUCGGGCAGCGGCGUGGGGCCUGGCGCCUACGGAGGCGCCUAUAACCACAACAACAACCACAACGCCAACCAUCGCAACGCUCGCCAUCCCAACGCCAACCAUCCCAACAACAACUCGGCGGCCAUCGGGCAGCAGGGCGGACGGAGCGAGCGCCCAUCGUCGACACCUGGCGGUGUGGCUCCGCCGCCUGGAAGGAGUGAUGGCGGUGGCAGGGUCGGGGCCGAUGGCGGAGAGUGUGGCGGCGCGGCGGCGAGCAAGCUCAAGGCGCCUCCGAACGCGGUCAUCUACUGGGAGCGGCAGCAGAUGGCGCAGUGCGGGAUCCACUGCGUGAACAACUUGCUGCAGGUGGCGCUGUUUGAGGAGGAGGACUUUGCCAAGAUCGCACUGUGGCUUGAUGCCAAGGAGCUAGAAAUCAUGGGCUUUGCGGCGCGACGGACGCCGUCGCAGAACGUCGACUCCAAAGGCAACUACUCGGUCCAGGUCAUUGUGGAGGCGCUACGGCGUGCGCGGAUGAAGGCGCUGUACCUUGGCGAACUUGAUGCCGCCGAGGCUGCAGCCAAUCCGGUUGGCGAAACCGGGUUUGUCUGCCACCGGCCGGGCCAUUGGUUUGCGCUCCGCAAGAUCGACGACGCCUGGUUCAACCUCGACUCGCUCCUCCGUGGCCCGCAUAUGAUCACGGACGCGUUUGUGGCGCAAUUUAUUGCGGAGCAGCAGGCCAACGGAUACUCGGUCCUUGUUGUCCGCGGCGAGUGGCCCAAGCCAGUCUCGCAGCAGCCGCCGGGCGCCAUGAUUCGCAGCCGCGGCAAUUGGUUCGACGCGCGGGCCAUGACGAUUCUCAGCCGGUCCGGCUUUGCCGAGGCCUCGCUUGCGGGCAGCAGUCUGCCGAGCUCAAACACCUCGGUCUACGCUAAGGGCAUCCUCAUUGUCAAGGAGGCCGUCCGCGCCGACAAGGCUGGCCGCAACGCCGACGCCGUCGACCUCUACACCAACGGCCUCACGUACCUGAUGCAGGCGCUCGGGCGGAUGCAGGCCGAGAGCCAGCGCGCGUCUGCACUCCGGAUUCGCAUCUCCGAGUACAUGGCGCGGGCCGAGGAGCUGAAGAAGAAGCUCAAGCCGCAGUAA